CCCUGAUCUCCCUCCACUGCCACACUUGAAAAAUAACUACCCACCAAGAGGACCUUUCUAACCAUUCCAUUAUUCUCUCCAAGAAAGCUCAUCAAGAUUCACUCUCAUCUUCUUCUCCAAGAUGCCAAGCCCCUUCUCUAUAUUUUCUCGCAGCAACAACACCAAACAAGCACCUAUCCCAUUCAAAGACUACUACACAAACUGGUUCAACACUCUCAAGAACACACUCCUCCCUCUCCUCCAUCAUUCCCUUUCCAGCUCUCCUUCCUCUCCCACUCUCCUCUCCUCUCACCUCCACCUCAUCCUCCACCACCUCCUCUCUUACUACGAGUCUCUUGACCUUGCUGCCACCACCAAUACCAAGAAUCUUCCUUACCUUCUUUACCCUUCUUGGAGAAACCCCCUUGAAACACCCUUCUUGUUUCUUGGUGAUCUUCACCCUUACGUAUUCACUAACCUCCUCAGGUCAUUUCUUGAUGAAGCAGACAGUGAUGAAGACACCGAAAAUGACCGUAAAGUUUUAGGCUUUGAUAGGCCUUGUCAUGUGGUGAGGGCAUGGAAAGACCCUUCAAAGCAUUUGAUGAUCAAGAUUGAGCAAAUUGAGCGUGGACUAAGGUUAAUGGUACCUGCACUUCUUGAUAGAGUGAAAACAGCACAGUCAGGAUUUGCAGGGAAGAUUGCAGAAGAAUGGGUGAAUUGUGAGAGAAAGGAGAAAAUGGAUGUUAGUGAGGCAAUGAAGGCUGAAAUGGAGGAGUUAGUGACUGUGUUUUUGCAUGCUAAUAGGUUAAGAAGAAGUGUGAUAUCAGAUAUUGUUGCUGCACUGAAUGUUUAUCAGGGGGCUUUGUUUCUUGAAGGAUUAGCCCAAUUUCUUGUUGGGUUUCAGGACAAGAAUUUGCUCCGUGAAUUCGAAAGAUGCAAGACUCCUAUCAGUGAAAGAGUUGGCCUCUGACUAAUUUAUCUUAAAAUCUUUUCCUGGUCUGCAAUGUGUGCGAGUAUUGAAAGACUCUGCCUCUUUGGAACUCCAUGGGCAUUGCCGAGAAGCUUGAGUACCAGUUGUAAUUCUUUAACGGGAGUGAGCAUGACUUUUCUGUUAGAUUCUAUUUCUAGUGAGUGAUUCAUUCAAUUUUUCUUCUCUUGAAUUUGGUAAAAACUGUUGGAAUCGUGAUUCAUUUGUGAUGUAAGAAGAUAGACAUUCGAUGAAUGAUGAAAACAAAUAUCAUGAUUUCUAUACGGAAUUAAAAAUUGAAUCUGUUCAUGUAAUAUUUGGACUAUUUUAUGAAUUGAAGUUGUGAAUGGCAUGCAGAAGAAAUUUCAGCACUGUUUCUACUGCGUGGCGUGUUGAGGUUUUGAAA